GGCUUAACGACAGUAUUAUUUAUCUAUGUGAAUACACAGACGUCAAUUUUCCCAAUUAGCUGUUAUCUCAAUAUUCUCAUUAUAUUGGAUCGUUCAGAUUCCGUCAAAGGUGCAUUUAAUAGAAGUCGAAAUUUUGUGGUUGACAUUUCAGAGGAACUUGACAUCGGACCAACCAGACAUAGGGUAGCAUUGAUUGUGUAUUCUGGACUCAGUUAUCGUCGGGAAGUAUUCAAAUGGAAUUUUGCUAAAAGUAAUGAGGAAUUUAAGAAAAGUGUGCUUAGUUUGAGAGCAAUUGGUGGUACAACAAAUACGAAGAAAGCAUUGGAAAUUGCACUUGAACUGAUGGAAUUACGUGACAAGUCAAUUCCUACCCUUAUAAUGGUUGUUACGGAUGGCCGAAGUGCGGAUGAUCCAAAAAUCCCUGCUCAACAAUUACAGCAAAUUCCGAAUACGUGGAUUUUUGCAGCAGCAACUGGAAAUCCAGAAUCUGUUGACAGAAAAGAACUGCUUCAAAUAGCUGGUAAUAUCAAUCAUGUGAUUUUACAAAGUGGUCGAGAAUUGGCAGCUGAUAUUACGCGUCAAUUACUUAGACGAGCUCAACAAAAAUGUCGCACGACAACGACAACAACAACAACAACAACGACAACAACCACAACGACUACUACAACUACAAUCAAUCCAAUUUCAGGUUGUGAGCAAGACGUGGUACUCGUUAUGGAUUUAUCAACGACAACAGAUCCUGUUUAUCGGAAAUACGUGGAGAUGGCUGAAGAAUUAAUCAACAGGCUUCUAAUUGGCCGGCGAUUCAGUCGAGUAGCAUUAAUAACAUUUAGUUCAGUGGGUAAAUCAAGAGUACAAUUUAAUUUGGACAGGUCGAGGUAUUUCAAUGGAAAAGAUAUCGUAGCCGCAAUCCGAAGAUUAAAAUCUACGGGUGGUACAACUGCUGUCGGUGAAGGAAUUCGACUCGGGACUGAACAACAGGACAAGCAACGCGGCGGUCGACCUAACAAUAUCGCAAAAAAGGCCAUGCUUGUUUUUACGGAUGGAUGGAGUAAUAAAGGACCAGAUGUUGAAGAAAUGAGUCGUAACGCUAAGGGAGCCGGAUUUACUCUUUAUACUGUAGUUUAUGAGGGUGAUGGACGAGUUGAUCUGAAUAAUCCUGGCUUAAAUCUUUAUACCAUUGAAACAUUGGCUAAUGAUCAAAAACACGUUUACAGUGAGCAUAAUUUCACGCAACUUAUUCAGAAACUUCGACAACGCAACUUGCCAUGUAUAUAA